AUGGCGAUCGUGAGUUGGUAUGUUUUUGAGACCCGGCAGGCAUCUGCAAUUUUUGCAUUGCGUUUGUCAUCAUUCAGGUCGACGUCAUUUUCCAGGUUGCGUCGACGUCGGUGUCACGGGUGUGGCUUACAUUGCGAAGGUAUUUCAUCAUUGGUCAGCUUCAAGUUCAUGGCAGUUGAUUCGUCGCAGAUCGCCGACCAUCGCGUUGUCGUGCUAGCCGUUUUUGGGGUUGUUCCAUUCUCUGUUUUGUCGAUUCCGUGUCUCCCCUCUCCAGAUGAGGCGAGUACGUCAUCGGUCACAGACGCCGUCAUCUACAUCCUUAAACUACCGUCAGGUGUCAAGGCUGGCCAGCAGCACGGGCACGAAAGAGACGUUGUGACUCCGGCGUGGGCGCUCGGCGCGGCAGUCGUGACAUCAGACCUCCCGCGGCCUGCGGCGCGAGCCCGCCGGAGCUGCAGCUUGAGCGCUCCGCGUGGCGAUCUCUUCUUGGCUCGUCGUCGGGAGCUGCCUUAG